CACUGUAGAGUGGACAUGGACGGAUUAAACUGCCACAGCAGUCUCUCCGUCUCCGGACAACGCCUGCCAGUAGCGUUCCUCGGUGUGCUUCCAAUGGAUAUGCCACCCUGUGUUCCCACCGAAAAGCUUUACGGAUACAGCGAAAGAUAAUUCGUCUAUUAUGCUCAAAAAUCUACUCAAGAUGAAGUUCUCCCUCUUGACCCUCGCCGCCAUCGCCGUCCCUGCCUCUGCCCUGCAAGCUAAGAGCGACAACCCUACCGGUCAGCAACCUGAUGUCACCAUCCAGACUUGCCAGCAGGGCCACGCGCUCAGCUUCAACAUCACCGAAGGUGGGCAGUCUGUCCACUUCAAGUGCGGUAAAGGACUCCAGUACCUGAACCCAAAGCUCGACGAAAACAACCCGCAAAUGUACGAUGGAGACAAGCCACGCCACAUCCGUGAAUUCCUGCCUAGCGCGACAUUCAAAGAAGUCGAGGCAGCUGCUGCUAUCAGUACUACCACGAUGACCCAGCCUGCUGGUACUGAGAAGGAGUACAACUUCACGGUCCCCGUCUUGCCCAGUGAAGAAUAUCAGCUCCAUGUCAACUGCACGGCCACUGGUACACCAGCGAGUAGCCGCGCUGACACCAAUGACUGCCAGGUUAACUUCCACAUCGCUUCCUCUGCUGUCCGCCCCGUCGUGACCGCGGGCACCGUUGCUGGUGUCGUUGCAUCUCUGCUGCACUUCUCCUAAACCACUCAUUUACCUCCAGUGAUUCUGGCUGCCCAUUUACAUGGGCCACUUCAAAUGAAUUAGGGUUCUUGCCUCGUUGUUUCUGCGGUACGAAAGUUGGAGUUCAACGAUGGGUGGUGGCCAGCCACCAUACCAUGUCGUGGCCCUCCAGUGAGGUUUGCUCCCC